AUGGAAAACGGGGAUCCCCCGCCGCCUGUGGACAGGGUGGCGCCAAGAUAUAUGAGCAGCACUUGUGAAAACAGUAUGAAGUGGCAGGAUCACCAAGACAACAACCACAUGAGCGAUGAGAAGAUGAGAUUCUAUGUUGUAGCUGAUGAAUAUUCCAGGAGUCACAUGCGCGUGCCUCAGGUGGUUGGAAGUCAUUUUAGGACAAACAUAUCUGAUACCAUCAAGCUAAAUGCUCCCAAUGGUUGCAUAUAUGAUAUUGGGGUUUGCAGGGAGAUGGGUGCGAUAGUUCUACGUUCUGGCUGGGAUGUGUUUGCCACUGCUCAUAACUUGGUACAGAAUGACUAUCUAGUGUUCAAAUUCUGUGGGAACUCAAGCUUUAAGGUCCAGAUACACAGUUCACAUGGUGGUUCCCAGAGGAUUACUUCCUUUGUUAAUCCACAUCCUGAGAUCCUUGAAGCCAUUCCUCCCAGUGCUACUUGUGCUCCUCAUAUUCUGAAUGGAAAUGAGAUAACUUAUCCUGGACAUGUUGAGAUACCAGCUGAAUUUGUCUAUUUCACAUCAGGAGGCUCACGUUUAACUAAGGCACAAGACAAGAAAGUAUUGGAAAUCGCUCGCACAAUAAGAUCUGAAAUUCCUAUGUAUGUGGCAGUUGUGAACAACAGCAAUGUUGACUUGAAAGGUUGCUUUAUUAGAAUUCCAUCUAUACUCAUGAAAGAUGUUAGAGAGGAGUUUUCUAAAGCUACUGUUAAACUAGAAGGCCCUGAUUCCAAUAUAUACAAUGUUUCAGCUACCCAGCAGAGCGAUGAUGAAAUAGUUCUCCAGUCUGGAUGGGAUGCUUUUGUGGUUGCUCACCACAUCCAAGAGCGCGAUCUCAUCAUUUUCAGAUACAAAGGGAACUGUCACUUUGAAGUUUUCAUCAUUGGCCGAAAUAUCUUUCACAAGGCCUCUUCAUGGUUUGGCAUCGGAGAUGUUUCUAAUACCCGAGAAAUGUGUGAUGGUUCAGUUGAAAUUAUUGAUCCACCUCAUAAAACAAUUGAUAUUAUUGAUCUGAGCAGCAGUUCUGAUGAUGAGAACAUUGUAUCUGCUUACAUUGCGAAACCAGCUAGGCACCAGAAGCUGCAAUUGGGCAAUUUUGCUAAAACUAGGACUAUGGCUUCAACUUCCUGCCCAUCUAUUAAAUCAGUGCAUGAAACUCCUGAGGAUCUUUGGUCAGCUAUGGAUCGCAAGGUUGAUCAGAGCCCUGUCAGUUUCAACAACUCUGAGGGGCCUUCCCAACCUCUCUACAUGAUAUCAAAAAAGUUAACUUGUCCAAGAGCACAGGAGAUGGUUCUACAGAAAGUCCAAGCAAUCAGAUCUAGAUUUCCUAUCUAUGUGGCAGUAUUGACCAGAAUCAGUACUGGUCAGAAAGGUUACUUAAUGAGAUUUACCCGGGAAUAUGCUAGAAGAUGUCUUCCAUCAGCAACCCAAGGUCUUACGCUUCAGCUGGAGGGCUGCCAGAGCAAGGAGUGGCAAACCGUGCUGCAUGUUCAGGGUGGUCACAGUAAGUCCAGCAAUGACGUGAUCAUAUACCAUGGUUGGGCAGCAUUCGCCUCCGACAAUCGCCUUUGGGUGGGGGAUAUCUGUCUCUUUGAGCUGGUGAGCGUCAUGACAAGGCUCAAGAUGAAAGUCCACAUCAUUCGCAAGCCAGGCACACAUUUUCCAGGGAAGCUUGUAUUUACUACUACUCCAUAA